UGUACUAUCAGUCGCAGCUGAUUUUCUGAAGCUGUUGGGUAAUGUAGUUUUUUGCGAGAGAAAAGAGGCGAAGAGAGUAACAGUAAAACUACAAAGACCCACAAUGCCAUUCGCUGAAUGAGCAGAGGUCUGGAGUGGCGUGGUUAUCAGACACCGGCCGGUACGCAGGGAAAGUUGCUGCAGGGGAGCCAUACCAUACGACCGGCUGAAACGGCAUUUUACCACUUUAUAUGGCGGCAAUCACAUUGACAGGGUUACACGGUGAUUUGAACUAAAUUUCUUGACCAGGAUGCGAAGAGCCAGAAUUAGUAUUAAGCCCAAUGUCAGGCCAGGAGGUCGAAGUGUGGCGCCUGCUGCAGAGGACAAGAGCUCCCAAGGGUCCACAGCUGUUGGUGACACCCAGCAAACGCUGUCACCUUCUCCACAGUCUCAGCUGGAAGUCAAAGAGUCUGCUGUGGCGACAGGAGAUGGAAAUGUGCCCGGCUCUCCAUCAGAGAAAGCAUCACUGAACAUUAAUGAUGGAGCGCCAUCUAGCGUCAGCACACCUGCAACUACAGUACUUCAGAGGAGGAGUAGAUUCUCUACCACACCAAACUUAGGCAGACCCAAAGUCCGUUCUGCUCCUCCUCCAUCCACUGGAAAGACUGUUUCUCUUCCAUCAGAGACAUCCAAGACAUCAUCCCCUUUCCAGGCAGCCAAGUCUUUCCCUCAGUCCCCCAUCCCAGUUGCUAUCAGCAGAGACGAUUCCCAAAACUCUACAUUCUCAGAUGUCACUACAGCAGCCAACUACCCUCCAUCCUCACCAUGUCUUCCAUCAACAUCUGGCUGUCCAAAAUCUCCAUUAUCAACAGCGUCUCAACAAAAGCCUUGCCAAACUCCCCAAAAAAUCCCAAAUGAGGAUUUUGGGCCUCAAGGAGUCACUCCAGUUGCAUGCACACUCUCACCAUAUGUGAAACUGUCACGUGUUGAUGGACCAGACUCUCCCCUCAGGACCACAAUUUCUUCAGACAAGCAGCGGGUCUUGAGGGCCCUCAAACUGAAAGAACUGAUGAAGCUGGAGAGGAAGAAAGAAGGAAUGGAGAAGAAGAGUAGACAACCUAAAUGUGAGCAUGGCUUUGAGCCAGAUCGUGACAAAAUGACCUUAGCUGACUUCAUUUAUUACCUGCCUGAGUCAAACCCUAUGAAGUCCUCCCUUUCCACAGAGGAGACUCAAACACAGACCACUGCUCCACCAACUCCCACGGUGCAGAAAAAUAUGGCAGAAGCAGGCGAGGAGGAGGAUGAUGAUGAUGCUGAUGAGGAACUGCUUGUUCCCAAAGUCAAGGUGGCAGAAGAUGGCUCACUGAUUUUAGAUGAAGAAAGUUUGACAGUGCGCGUUCAGAGGACAUCUGAUACAGUUGUUGAGAAUGCAAAUCCACUGUUUGAACGAGGCUCUACUACAACAUACACAAGUUUCAGGAAAAAAUGCUAUGUGAAAAACUGGUCUGUCAGAGAGACGGAUAUGUUCUAUUUGGCCAUCAGUAUGGUGGGAACAGACUUCUCCUUGAUUACUCAGCUGUUGACUCACCGUAGCAGAACAGAAAUUAAGAGUAAAUUUAAGAAGGAGGAGAGAGCGAAUGCAUGGCGAGUGGAUAAAGCAUUCAGAAAUAAGCGACCAUAUGACAGCGAGCUUUUCAGUUUCCUGCUGAAGAGGGUCUUGGCUAAAGACAAACAAAAAGGCAAAUCCAUAAAACUGGUUGUAAAAUCCAGUAAAGCAAAGAAAGGCAAAGAUGGUAAAAAAGUGAAACAGCUUGAGGACAAAGACUCCAUUAAUGAUGAUGAUGAUGAAUUGUGCAGUGUGGACAGUGUCUGUUUUGAUUUAGAAAAGGAGAAUGAGGACAGCAGUAAUAUGAAUGAAGCGGAUGUGCCGUCAAGCACAAGCAAGAAGCGUAAACGCACAAAAGACACUGAGCCAAAAACAUGCAAGGCGAGCAGGAAAAACAAGACACCGAAAAAAGCCAAAUGCUUAAUGGAAGCUGAAGAUGGUGACCUUGUGUGUGUGGACAAUGACUUGGUGGAGGAAGACUCUGUAAACGCAGACAGUGAAGAUCAGUCAUGUAUGCCCGUAUCAAAAAAGACACGCAAACAAUCAAAAAAGGGUGACCAGGAGGGGAAAGAAUUGAAACUUGAAGAAAAACAGAAGAAAAAGAAGAACAAAAAGACACUUGAAGUACGGAAUGAAGAACCUACUGAUGGAGAAAGUGGUGCAGUGAAUGAGGAGCACAAUGAGGCAUCUGCCGUCCCAACUAAAAAGCGGAAACGCUCCAAAAAGGGUGAGAAGGAAGAAAAGGAACCUACAAAAAGAGAACGGAAGACUAAAAAGAGCAAAACAUCACAGGAAGAGUGUACUGGAUCUGAGCUUGGUGCUGAUGGUAGUGAAGUCUCGUCAUCAGCCCCUGGUGCUGAAGAGGAUCAAGGGGAGAAGCACUUUCCAGAGAGUGCAGCUGAGGAGGUGGUUUCACAAAGCUCCUUCAAACGUUUAAAAAGGCCCAAUUUGGCAAAAAGGAAAGUCAAAAUAUGUUCUGAGCCAAAAGCAACAGUAGAGCUUGAGGAUACAGUAGAAGAAUGUCAAGAUGAGAGCUGCAGAGAAGCAGACAAUGAGUUGAGAAUCAUCUGUCUUGCUGAGGAUCAGCUCCAGAAUCAGCCUGUAGUUGUUCUGGAAAGAACUCCACCAAGGUUAAAAGAUUCACUCAACUCAUCUGAAAUCCAAAACCAACCUCAGCCCUCCCAGAGCCCGCAGCAUUCUCCUGGACGGCAGAUGAGAGCAGAAAAGGUCAAGCGCAAUCUGACUGCUUCAGGUGAUGGCAGUGAAGUCUUGACAGCAGGCCCUGGUGUUAAAGAGGAUCAUGGGGAGAAGCUCAUUCCAGAGAGCACAACUAAGGAGGAGAUUUCGCAAAGCUUGUUCAAAUGUUCUCCUGGGCAGCGGACAACAGCAGAAAAGAACAAGCACAAUCUGACUGCUUCAGAAGGGGAUCAGAUAGACCAGUGUCAUACUGGGUCAGAUCCGUCACCAGAGGACAUGAGCAGCACUGCCAUGGCGAAUCAAGUGGGCAUGCAAGACUCUAAAGAGGCUGAUCAAUGUAUGGAGGAGGGUUUAUAUUUACAGCAUUUAGAGUUUUUGACUUCAUCCGAAGUUAAUGGUCAGACAUUACGGAAAAGAGCAGUUGUGUUGGUGUCUCAUGACGAAGUGAAGCACUACCUCAGGAUUCAAGCACAAACCACUGCAGAGGAAUCAACAGGCUCUGAGAGUCAGCAGGACACAGCACCUUCCAGAGAUCUUCACGUGGUAGAGCAUAGGGAUGGUCUUGAGGAACAGGGCUCUACUAGUGGUGCUCUAGAAGAGAGGGUCUCUCAGGAAGUAAAGGAAACCGACACCACCUCCAUUUCUGCCCAACAAAGCAUUGUCGAAAAAAGGAGAAGGUUUUCCAAGCCCAAACCCAGUCUGAGCCGGGCAGCACAGUCCAUCCGCAGACCUCUGAAUGUACAGACAACAGAUUUUAGUGAAAAUGCCCCGUCUUUCAAAUGUGACUCAGUGCAGCUGCAGUGUAGCAGUCCUGUGGAAGUCCAAGUGAAGAACACCCCAAAUGAAUGCCUUUUAGAAGAGCACAGGGACCGUCCUGAGGAAGAGAGCACAUGUAGUGUUACUCCAGAAGAGAACGGCCCUCAGGAUGUUCAGGUCCAGGAUGAUGAAGCAGAAACCACUGUAGAUGAUCUUCCUUCCUUAACAUCAGUUGGAAGUCCUCCAAGAGCGAGUAAGAUUUUACCCAUCCUUGGGAUGCCCCAGGUUCUUGACACCACACCGUCAGAUGAAGAUGUGCCUGAAAGAAGAAGAGAAUUUGAUAGGUCUCCAUCGCAGACGUCUGAGAAUGAAGAUCAAAUUACAGAGCCUGUUGAGUCUGAAGUCACAGACGCCAUGAUUGAGGAACCUCAGACAGAGCUGAAGAGGAUUAUUCCAGUCAGCUGUUCUGCGGAUGGUUCCUCAGUUUAUACUCAAGAUGAUAUUGCCCCAGAGAGACACAGUCACUUUGAUAAGCAAACACCCAACCUAGAAGGGACACCCCCAGUCAUGAUCAACCCUCAGCAGACCUUAGAGCCUAAAGAAGAUUCUGCCGAAAAGCCAGAAGCUCAGAGUCCUGUUCAAGCCCUACACAGUAAUUUGGAUCAUGACAUAGAGAACAUCUCCAGAGAAGAUAAGCUUCUGUCAUCUGAGGUGGAUUUACAGGAACGUAAACUGGAUGAACCAAAUGACCCAGUUCUCAGUGAUGCUUCAUCAGCACCAUUUGAAGCACACAGUCUGGUUUCACCUCCCAAUGAACAUGCAAGCAACCUGUGUGAUAUGAACACGAUGCAGUUUAGCGAGUCUGUAGCUGAAGACAUCCAAAUACCAGGUGAGCAGGAUUCAGAAAAGCAAGACUGCACAGAAGAGCCAUCAGAAGCUUCUGAGGAAUGCAGUGCCCCUCUCAAUCAAAAUGCAAAAUCUGAAAUUUCAGAUUCAGCUGGAGUGGAUACAGAUAAACAGUCUGAGGAGGAGCCCACCUUUAUUUUAACUUUAUAUGAGAUUCCAGCCUCUCAGCUAUUUCAUGAGGCUGCCUUUGGGCAGCAGGGCACUACUCCUUAUGAACUGCAGCCAGCACAAUUCCAGACACCCUCACUGUUGUCGAGUAGUUCACAUUUUCAUUCUGUCACAUUAGAGGCUUCCAGUGCAUCUCUGCAUUUGGCAUCAGAAGAGACCAGUAAUCCAUGUAAAAGUAGUUCUCGCAAGAUAGUGGAUGACUCCCUGGAUCCUCUUUCAAAGGAUGCAGUAGAUGGUGCCAGGACGCAAUUGAUAUCCUCACAGGAAAGCAGUCGUGAUGAUGUGAACCCUUUAAUCAGUCCACCCGCGAUGUUCUCCUGUAAUUCUGCCAUGCCAACAGAUGUGCCGAAGUUGGAUGAGAUCCUGACAGAAUCCCCAGAAACUAAAGCUCCCACUCAAAGGAGAUGCAAGAUAAAGGUCAAGCCAAAACUAAAGCGAGGUGUGAAGGUUGGGCCUUCAAAAAAUGGCCAGUUUGACUGUGCACCCAGUCAGUAUCUACCACCAUCUCAAGCCACAGCACAAACUGAGAUUGAGUCCAACCAGAGAACAUCUGCGCAGGGAACAGUUGGUCCUAAAAUCCACUCAAGCCCUGAAGACCGUGAGAGAAGAGCACAUCCUGGACCUGAUGCUGCGAAAUCAACAGCCCUUGUGCCAGUUUCUGAAGAUAUGAGAGCUGAGAGUCAAGUGAAGUGGGAAAGCCCUCUCAGAACAGAGCUCCUGACGGAUGAGGACACUGUUGUUGACCCUCCAGUGCACAGUACAUUCAUAAAGGAGUCUGAGGAGAACACUGAAGCUGGUUAUGAGGGUGUUUCACACAUGGUGUUGGCUGAUGGCUUCGUACUCGCAUCAGGAGAAAUGAAGGAUGUUUUUAAUAAGGAACAGGAAAGCCCUCAUGAUAGUGAGCUCCAAAAACCUGAGGACAUUUCUGUAUGUCGUACAGAGAGUGAGAAAUCUCUUCCUACAGUUAGUGACCAAAAGGAAAAAGUGGCUGAUAUUGCUAAAAAGCCUGAAACUUACAGCGAGGCAUCAUGUGUGACAUCAUCUGCGUCUCAAGAGAAGACUGUGCCGUUAAGGAGAGGCAAAUUGCAAGUGAAGCCUAACAUCCCCAAAACGUCAUCUACUAAAGAUGAUUUCUCAAGACAGGAGCGGUCUGACUUCGGGUAUAAUGAUCCAGCACCUCUGAUUAAAGAAGAAUCCAUUAAAGUGGAACAGAGGUCUGAUCAAGAAGAUUUCUCUGAUAUUCCAAAGGAGGAGUUAGACCGAGAGCCUGCUGUGAUUGCUUUGUCCUCACAACUUUUCAGCACUGCAAAAACAUCAGCAUGCACUGAAUUGCAACCAGUGGAACUGAAAAUAGAGGAUGGGCAUGAGGAUGCUGCACACGUGGUGUUGUCUGAUAUAUUGGUGCCGGUUUCUGCUGAAAUGGAAGAUGGUGAUCAUAUGACUAGUGGAAGUUCCAUCCAAAGCAGUCUUCACAUGCGUGAAGAGAGCCAGCAGGCCGUCGCUGGAGAAGCAGCCCAGGAAACGCAUUCACAUGAAGGUGUUUCACACAUGCUGCUGACUGAUAUAUUGAUCCCCGUCUGUGAACAAAUGGCAGAUGAUCUGAGCAAGGAAUGGACGACAACAACUGGAAAGAGAAGCCCUCUUGAGGCAGAAAGAUCUCAGGUGAGAGAGGAUCCAGAUACCGCAGACCUGUCAUGUGCAGUGUCACAAUCAUCAAAUGUGGGACCAUCAGUAUCACCCAAGAGGAAAAGACCCACUCUGGCAAAAGGCAAGUUAUUGGUAGAUCUGACGUUUCCCAAAAGGAAGACUGGAGAUUCCCCUAAGAGUGACGAGCAAUCACAAACCGUUCCUCUGUCAACCAUAAUGUCAGAGUCAACACAAUGUAGUGCUGAGACAUGUGCUGGCUUGCUGCCAAUUGGCUCAGAGGACUGUGAGGAGGCAUGUGGGGGUGUUUCUCACAUGGUGCUCUCUGAUAUUUUGGUGCCUGUAUUGGAUGAGACUGCAGAAUGCACCCUUCACAAAGAGGCCUUCUCAGCUGGUCUUAAAGAAGAUGCAGUCAAUGUCAAGAAGUCAACGGAUAUUGAGAGACCAACAAAUACUGAAACAGAAGUGAACAUCAACAGUCAGUCUGUGGCAGUGAAAUGGAAAACACCUGACUGUAGGAGAGGCACACUGCAUCCAAAGCCUAAAUUAUCAAAAAGAAAAGAUGAUUCUUCAGAAACUGACCUCCGUCAGCCCAGCUCUACACAGACACAUUUAGCUACAUCUCAGCAGUCCCUGGACCCUCAAGCAGCAGAGUGGUCCCUCAAAAGCAAUAUGCUGCCCAUGGACUCAGAUGAGAUAGAGAACUGGUGUGAAGGAGUUUCCCACAUGUUGCUGUCAGAUGCAUUUGUGCCCGUUUCUGAAGAGAUUGGAGAGAGCAGCUCGGACCUAAAAGUGUGUCUCUCAAGCAUUCCUCAUAAGGAUGAGCAAAUCGUUCUUAGUCUGACAAAGAGUGAGGAGACGCCCUCUGAAAUUUCAAGUGAAGUACACCAAUUAGACACUACUUCUGACAUGCCAAAGACUUUGAAGUCAAAUGAGAGUCUGUCAGAUUCACAAGCAAAAAACUCACCAACAAGAAGUACAUUUCAGAUGACACCAAGAUCACCUGAAAGACGCUUUAAAGUUCAACCUUGUGUGCUAAAGUCAACCCAAGCCCCCCCGACAACACCUCCGCGAACUCGGACAUCAAACGUGAAGGAGUCCAUGGGAACUCCAACAAGACAACAAACAGGAGAGAUCUCAAGUGUGUGUCGAAUACAGCUAGAAAGGUUAUCUGUAGAGGAAAUCUGCAGUGCCCAGUGUGUCCUGCAACCAAAGCAUCACAGCACACCGGUCACUGUGAAAACCACUUCUAGAGGGAAUGAGAUGCAUAAGGCAUCUCUGGUUUUGCAUGGAAGCAGAAGCUCUGGUUUAGAAUCACAUGCUGAUGAGGUGCUGUCAGGAUACUCACCAAGGGUUGUCCUUCAUCGUAUACCAUUAACGGCUACUGAUGAGAACACAUCCACACCUACCUCGUCCCCAGCCAGAGUGUCCACCACACCCUCCCGAACAUCAGCAGAUCAUCAGUCUCCUCAAAAUAGCCCUCCUGUCUCCGAUUUGGAUGCUGAUAAGAAUCCUGUUCGAGUGUCCCACUUCUUACUGGAUGACAUCUUCACGGAAGUUGUGGAUUCGGAUUGAUUCUUAUUUGGGAUGUUCUGGUUCAAUUUCUCUUCUACUAUUCCAGUUCAUUGCACUAGAGUGAAUGAUGUGUAACACUGUUACACUUCUAAUUAUAGACCUGUUAGAGAAUUGUUAGUAAUACAGCUUCUCUAACUACAUUUUGUUCAUGAAGGAAAAACUUGUAUAAAAACUUGAAUGUUUUUUUUUGUGUGUGUGUGUGUGUGUGUGUGUGUGUGUGUGUGAUGACAUGCAGUGAUACAUCAGUCACAACUCUGUUAUUUAUUUCUGUUUAUUUAAUGCUGAACAUCACACAACAGAUUUUAUCACUGGCAUUUACUUACUGCUUUUCAGUUUAAAUAUCGUAUUGUUCAGUGCAAAUAUAUUUGUUUUUAUGGGUACUGUAUGUUACUUUUUGUUUUUCUUUGAGGGCAAAGCCCUUUUGUGGGCUAUAAUACCUUUCUUCAUUGAUGAUUUAAAUUAACUAUAAAGAAUGUUUAUAAAUAACUAGAUAUUGCCAAUAGUCAGUUGUAUUUGCAAUUUGUAGCAUAGUAGCAAGUCUGGAUAUUACAGCAGUGGAGAAGUUAUAAGAAAAUACACUGCACUUAAAUAGGAAAAAUGUAAAUAAAAAAAGUGAGUGAUUUAAACUGAACAAACUAUUCUGACUGUAUUAUAUUUCUGGCGUUUGGAGUGUCCGUUUUUUAGCAUGAUGAACAUGAGUUUUGUGAAAUUAAACAUUUUGUUAAGCUAUAUGUAAUGGUGUGUUUGACAAAA